AUGCUCGUGCUUGCGGAUGUCAGGGAUUCACCUGUGGUUGCAAGCAUCUCGUACUUCCAGUCCAAUGUUCGGUAUGAUGUUGGUGGUCGCAUGUUUGUGUCCAAGAUUCGAUCCUCGCGACUGAAGUCGAGAAGUGCACAAGAGUUGGAUGCAUCUAUAGCUCGUCGUUCUUCCACAAACAACACAAGAUGCAGUACCAGUUUACUGAAGUCGGACGAGUAG